GCCAAAGGAUGGUAGGAUAGAAGACUCAGAAUGCCAUUUAGGAGACUAUUACAGUCCUGAUCACAGCAGUGCAGAAUCUCCCUGAAAAAGACAUGAAUGUCUGCAAUGAUACUUCCUGACAAGAAGUUGCUACAAGAGAAGGAAAGGAGAUUAACAACUCGGGAGCAGAAUUUCGAGCAGCCAGGAUUUUGUAUUUAUUGCUUCCAACUCCAGACGUCUGUUGCCCACUUUUAAAUCAGAGAUACCUACACUCAGAACCCAGACAAGGCAAAAGGAUAUUUUUCUCUUGUAUUUUUUGAGAUCAAAGAAACUGCAAUGUCUAGGAAACAAAGCCAGAAGGAUUCAUCAGGAUUCAUUUUUGAUUUGCAGUCCAAUACUGUGCUGGCCCAAGGAGGAGCUUUCGAGAACAUGAAAGAGAAGAUAAAUGCAGUGCGUGCAAUAGUUCCCAAUAAGAGCAACAAUGAAAUCAUCCUGGUUUUGCAGCACUUUGAUAAUUGUGUGGAUAAAACAGUACAAGCAUUCAUGGAAGGUAGUGCCAGUGAAGUACUCAAAGAAUGGACAGUAACAGGCAAGAAAAAGAACAAAAAGAAGAAAAGCAAACCAAAACCUGCAGUAGAAGCAAGUAACAGUAUCCCAGAUUCCAGUAAAUCAGUUUCCAUUCAAGAGGAGCAGUGUGCACCUUCCUCAGAAAAAGGUGGUAUGAAUGGUUACCAUGUCAAUGGUGCCACCAAUGACACUGAGUCUGUGGACUCACUCAGUGAAGGUUUGGAGACACUUUCAGUAGAUGCCAGAGAAUUGGAGGAUCCUGUGUCUUCCAUUCCAGAUAUACUGGACAGAACAGGAUCCAUGCUGGAGAAUGGUGUCUCUGAUAUGGAGUCCAAGUCUUUGACUAUGCACUCUAUUCCGAAUUCUCAACAAUCCAGGAAUGUUGCCAAAUCUCUCUCAAGAUCUCAGUUCUCAAAUCUGGAAGACGUUCCUGUCUCAUCCACCAAUAAAAAACUAGGUUCCAAUAUUGAAAAAUCUGUAAAAGACCUCCAGCGCUGCACAGUGUCUCUUGCACGCUAUCGAGUUGUAGUUAAAGAAGAGAUGGAUGCUUCCAUUAAGAAAAUGAAACAAGCCUUUGCUGAGUUGCAGAGCUGUUUAAUGGAUCGAGAAGUGGCAUUGCUUGCUGAAAUGGACAAAGUGAAAGCUGAAGCAAUGGAAAUUUUACUCAGCCGACAAAAGAAAGCUGAACUUCUAAAGAAGAUGACUGAUGUGGCUGUUCGAAUGUCAGAGGAGCAAUUGGUUGAGCUCAGAGCUGAUAUCAAGCACUUUGUUAGUGAACGUAAAUAUGACGAGGAUCUGGGACGAGUCGCACGGUUCACCUGUGACGUAGAGACCCUGAAGAAGAGCAUUGAUUCAUUUGGGCAAGUGUCCCAUCCAAAGAACAGCUAUUCAACCAGAUCCCGAUGUAGCUCAGUUAUAUCUGUGUCCUUGAGUAGCCCGAGUGAUGCCUCUGCUGCUUCUUCCACCUGUGCCUCUGUUCCCAGCCCUACCAGUGCUAACAAGAAAAACUCUGCACCAGGAGAGACUCCUGCAGCUGUAGCAAAUACCAGUGGCCGGCCUUACCAACCGCAUCGGGAGGUAUUGCCAGGAAACAGGCGAGGAGGACAAGGCUACAGGCCACACAACCAAAAGUCCGGUGACCCUGUGAGCCAAGGGCGGCAUGACGGUGUAGGUCGUUACAGAAACAGCUCGUGGUAUUCCUCUGGCUCCAGGUAUCAGAGUGCUCCACCCCAGGCACCAGGAAGCACCAGUGAACGGGGCCAGACUCUCUCUGCAGGGACCAAUGGAACUGGAGUCAACACGGAGCCCUGCCUACCCAAGCCCGCGUUUAAAAAGGGGCUCCCCCAGCGCAAACCCAGGACCUCUCACACUGAUGCCGGAAACUCUUGAGAGAAAUUCCAGUUGGCCUCUCUCCUCUAUCCCACACAAUUCAACUUGAUAACUGGACUUUAGGAAACGUAUAGUUAGGUUUAAUAACAAAAAAGUUUAUGCAUAUCACUUUUGUGCCAUUCUAAGUAUUUUUGCUUUCUUGUUUCCUUAAUUCUUUUACCAUUUUUGGAGAGAAAGCUAUCUUUUUCCUUGAUCUUUCCCAAUGAUAUGGAUUGAUUUUGAUUGGUCAUUUCCACCAGGACUCAGAGGCAGCUGUUGUCAGCUUCCCCUAGGGUAAGCAGCAUUCUUCCGAGUGCACAAGGCUCAGUUACCCCCACUCUUUGGGCUGACUUGGAAGGAGGCAGCUCAGAGCUCGUCUGCUGCCUUUCCAAUCUAAGCAGAAGCCACAGAUGCCUGCCAGGUUCCCUUCAAACAACAGUUUGACCCGGAAAGUCAGUGAGGAGAUUGUAUAUUGCACUGGGUUAACCAGAGAAGGGAAAGUGUAAUUGGUGAAAAGAGAGAACUAGGCAACAUCUGAGAAUCUGCCUCUAUCCCAGAAUGUGCCUGCGAUUUACACUGAAGGCAGGGUUUCAGUCUGCUGCUUGGCACCGUAGCUUAACCUGCGGUUUCUUCAGAAUGCCCAAAGCCUUGCUUCCGAUUGCCUUAGAUUGCAAACCAGUCUAGGGAAGUCUAUGGGAAAGUAGCAUUUAAUUGAAGUUAAAAAAAAAAUGUUAAAAAAAAAGCAUUUCUCUAUUUUAAUGUUUGGAAACUUUUUUGGUUCUCUCCCUUCCUGUUCUGAUCCUGAUCAAAUUUAUAGCAAUACAAUUAAUGUUAAUCUAAGGUGUUACCCAUCCAAAAAUCGCUGCAGACUACCUUUAUAGUUGAAUAAAUAAAAACAGCUGCAUAAAUGUUCCACACUUGUUUCACAGCAGCAGGCAAUCUCA